AUGUCAAAGAAUGGUGAGCGAAUAAAGCUCUUGUUAUCUGAGGAUUUGUCACCCCAUAAGAUUGCUCUUCUUUUUCUCGUUGUUCUCUAUGCCACUGGAUUCAUUCCAGAAGACCAUCUGAAACAGGUUUUAUUAGCAUUGAUCAAGUUAUUGGAGAAUGAACCGCUUAUCGAUGAAAACAAGGAGUUUAUAAUUGUUCCCCAGUUGGUUGAUCUUUGUCAACACUUGAGAGAAGUGAUUGUUUGCAACUGUCCAGAAGAUCAGAAAUUAGCCGCUGAAAAAGAUGCCGCAGAACUACAGAAGAACCUACUACAAGAAUUAUGGAGAGUCAGCUCGGUGGAAGGCCUUAAUACUUAUAUAAAGAAUACUUUCACCUUAUUGCUGAAUCCAUUGGCAGUCACAGUGCCGGAAUCAACGUCAAACCUGACCGUGAAAAAGAUUAUCUCUCCUCGAUCUUUUAUUGGGGACUUCAUUCAAAAAAUUGUGACUCCUUUCCGUUUGCUACAUUUUGAUGAAGAGUUUCUUUUAUUUGAGUCUUUGGUUGAAUAUAGAGAGUCUUCCAGGGAUCUAUUUUUAAAAUUAGGUGGGAUUAUUAACCAUCAAACGGACUUACAACCGAAACCAUCUCCAAGAAGAUCAAGACUCGACUUUUCUACACUGGCACAACCACAGCCUAGUAAUUCAAACGACGACCACUUGUUCGAUGUAUUGAAUCAUCAACUUGCAGAAAGCUUGGGAAUUAGUAUACCAACAAGCUCCCAAGAGAUAGUGAAACAAAAUGUAAGAUUGAUUCCAGUACCUAAACAUGACAUGCAAGCAUUGUUGGAUAAGCAGGUCAAACUACUUGAAACCUAUGGCACGGAAACUCCAAAAUUUUUAAGGCAAAUCAUGGCAUUGAUGGCGUCGCCGGAUGCCAAUACCUGUCUGAUUCAAAACGCAAAUUUCAAUGAUUUACCGUCAUAUUAUUAUUUAAAAUAUUUAGAAAAUUUACAUGCUUCAGACUAUCACGGAGCACUUCAGUCGUUGCACCAAUACUUUGACUAUAUGGUAUCAAAAAGUUCUAAAUAUUUCUAUCAUUUUGCGUUGAUAUCAAGAGCAUCACUACAUCAAUAUUUUGGAGAGGAUGAGAAAGCCUUAGAUGCAAUUGAAGAAGCAAUAUCAGUAGCAAGAGAAAACAAAGACAACUCGACAUUAACUUAUAUUUUAUCCUGGUUAUUUAAUUUCAUUAGAAAUAAACCUGAAUUAUGGCAAAGUCAAAAUUUUUAUCAGAAUAAUAAUGAGCUGCAUCUACUUGAUUUUUUAAUUAAAAAAUCACAAACAGUUUCUUUGCUGUUGUAUGCCAUGAGUUAUCAUUUUGAAACAGCUCAUAUAAUGCAUAGCGGGGGGCCUAUGAAUAAGUAUCUUGAAAGUCUAUUAAAAGCGACAUAUAUUUCAAUUAAUGAUGAAUUGCCAACGUUCAUUAAAUCUUGCGAGAUGUCAGCUAUGGUAUGGACGAGAAUUGGAAUCCCACAUUUGAGUGAUUUAUAUUCCGAUAUAGCGUUUGACUAUGCGAAAGAAGUUGGUAAAUUAGGAGAUGAAAUAUCGAUUGAAAUACGGAAGAACUACCUUUUGUAUUUAAAAGGACAAACUGAAAAGGCAUAUAAAAACCUUGAAAGUUUAAAACCAAAGACAAAUAGCGAUCGAUCAUUAUUUAAAUCAUUACAAAUUAGAAGUUUAAUAAUGAUGGUUAAAAUAGAUUUAAGAAAGGGUCGUUUUAAAUAUGCUGAAAAAAUUAUGAAAACUCUAUUAAGUAUUGAAAUCCAAGAUAUUGAAUUGAAGACAGAAUUGAUAUAUUUAAAUACAGAAGUGCAAACAGCAUUAGGUAAUUAUUCACAAGCACUAGGUUUGAUUUCCCAGAGUUUAAGUGUAAUUGAUUCGCAACAAAUGAAGAUUCAAAGUAAUGUUUAUACAAUAAUUCGAUUAAACUUACUCAAGUGUUCUAUAUUUAAUAUAUCAGGAGUUCAUUCAAGAGCUAUAUCACUAGUGAUUGAACAAAUCGAACAAGGGAAAAAAUUAGGAUUUUUCACAAUUAUAGUUGAAGGAAUGAUUUUAUUAAUAUCUAUAUUGAAUAACAUGGAUAAUUGUGAAGAUGCAUAUGAAAUAUUGGAUAAGUUCAUGCCAUUAGCUUUGAGAGUUGGUAAUCAAGAAUUUAUUUGUGUUGCAUAUUAUGAAUAUGCCAAUAGUUGUUACAAGAUGAUUCAAGCAAAAAAGAAUCGAUUUAAACUUAGUAAAAAAGCAUUAUUUAAUACUUUUUUGAAAUAUUUAUAUUUGAGUAUAACAAGAGCAAGAAAUUCAUUAAAUUUAAUAUUAUUAAGAGCUUGUUUUGAAUUGGAGGAGCAAAUGGGACAAGAGUGUUCUAAAUUUUCUAAUGAAAUGAAAGACCUUAAAUCAGUUGAUGAAUUUAGAGAACAUAGCAAGUCUGGUUUAAAAAUUUUGAAUAAACGAGCUAUUGAGGAGGCAGACUAUGGAUUUAUAGUUAAUCCUGAGCAUAUAAUUGAAGAAGAGUAA